AGCGCGCCGUAUUCUUGGCGCCUUUGUAGACAGCCGGCCGUUCAGUUCGUCGCGUGUCGUGGGAGCAUGAAGGUCGGUGUGACAUCGGCCGCUGUGGGCCCGACCGCGCUGACGCUGCAAUACCACGCGACCAAGUUUGACAUUUGGGCGCUGGGCAUCACGAUGGUGCUGGGCGGACAGCUCUUCUCGUGGAACACGGGGCUCCUCGCGGGCAUUCUGAGCAAUGCAGUAGCUAUCCUCGUGCUCGGAGUCGGGUACGUCUGCCUCGUCUUGUCCAUGGCCGAAAUGACGUCGACGCUCGCUUUUUCCGGUGGCGCGUACGGCCUCACGCGCUGUUCGAUUGGCUUUUACGCUGGGUGGGUCAUUGGCUGCUGCGAAGCGCUCGAGUACAUGGCGUACACGGCGAGUGCGGUCCUCACGCUAAGCGACAUGUUGUACAUUGCAUUUCCGACGCUCCAUCCCGACAUGGCGCCCUUGUUGUGGCUCUCGACCUACGGCGUUUGCAACGUGCUCUUAGCGAGCAGCGAUCGGGUGUUUUGGCUCGUGAACCGCUUCCUAGCGCUUCUCUCGCUCGGGUUGGUACUCGUCUACCUCGGCGGCGCCUACUCGCUCAGUGAGUUUUCCCGCCGCGUCUCGAGCGACGACAACCGGCUCAUCGUGGGUGGCGGACUCGAGUUCCUUCGCCGCCUUCCGUCCGCUGCGUGGUUCUUUGUCGGCAUUGAAGCGCUCAGCACCGUCUGCAACGUGGUGCCGGCGCCCAAGGAGGUCAUUCCUAUAGGGCAAGUGGCGUGCGUGCUCACGCUCUUCGCACUCGCGGUGCUCGUGUUUGUUGCCGCCAUCGGCGUCGCGCCCGAUGUGAUCAGCAUGACGACCGACGUCGCUGUGCUCUCCCGCGGCUACGAGCGCAUGCUGCACGUGUCGGCGGCCGACGCCAUGAUGCUCUCGAUCCCAGCGACAUUUGCGACCAUCUUUGGCUUUGUCCUUGCCUACUCCAACAUCCUCGCGGCGAUGGCGAGCUCGUGCCUCUUGCCUUCUGUGCUCACGAGGCAGUUUGGGCCGAGCCACACCCACCCGAUCGCAACGCUGCUCGGGUCGCUUCUCGGGUUUGGCAUGUGUUUUCUCGUCCGCGCGUUUGAGACGCUGCGCGACGAGCUCUUCAACAUUGGCAUGGUGUUUGCGUUCACAGCGUACGCAGCCCAGUGCGUCGGGUACAUGUACCUCAAGCAGCGCUUCGCCCACCUCCCGCGCACGUUUCGCAGUCCCUUGGGUGUGCACGGCGCCCUUCUCUCGCUGAGCAUUUGGCUCGUCAACAUCGUGUCGGUCCUCGGCUUUCAAGACAACGUCGCGUACAAGCUCCAAGUGCUCGCGGGCGUGCUCCUGCUGCAGAGUAUCUACUACCAUCUGUACGCCAAGCACAAGCAGCAAAUGUCGGACGACGAGCGCAAGGUACUCUUCUUUGCCCACGUCGCCAACGCCAACGAUGCCAAGAGAAAGAUGCACCGCAAAAGCCGCAGCCGGGUGUCGUCGACGAUCGAACGCGCGGCUGGCGUCCUACGACGCAUAAUCGAGCGGCCCCACGCACGCAGUAAAGUAAGCGUCAUCGGACCCGCUGCACGACAUAGUAUCAGCGCCAUACCCUGCAAAAAGGGACGCCAGUAGCUUUUUGCCAGGAAUGUAGUUUACACUAUCUCGAAUCGAGGAUCGCGUCCUCUUGCUUCAGUAAGCUUCAAGACGCGCGCUCUCC